CCCAAAAACAGCUGGUCAAGUCUUUUCUCUGAGUCGUGGAGUGAGACUCUUCUUCAUCAACACUUUGGACUUUUUGCUGAAACUGCCACCAGAACUCCUUUUUCAGGCGGACUUCAGAAGGGGACCACAAUGACGGCUGACGACCUGCUGAAAACACUAGAAGAUUUAACAGACGAGGAAUUCAAGAAAUUCAAAUGGUAUCUGAAGCAGCCUGGCAUCCUUGAAGGCUACCAAACCAUCAAAACAUCCAAGCUGGAGAAGGCAGAAAGGUUGGACACAUUGGAUCUGAUGUUGAACACCUUUAAACCUCACGGAGCUCUGAUGGUGACCAAUAAUCUUUUAAAGAAGAUUCCCAGGAACGAUCUGGUGCAGAGUCUUCCAGACACCAGUUCAGAAAGUGACUCUGAUUGUCAACAUAAACUCAAAUCUAACCUAAGGAAGAGUUUCCGGUGUGUGUUUGAGGGGAUUGCUAAGGCAGGAAACCAAACCCUUUUGAACCAGAUCUACACAGAGCUCUACAUCACAGACGGAGGGACUGCAGAGGUCAAUGAUGAACAUGAGGUCAGACAGAUUGAAACAGCAUCCAGGAAACCAGACAGACCAGAAACAACAAUCAGACAAGAAGACAUCUUUAAACCCUCACCUGGAAGAGAUGAACCAAUCAGAACAGUGAUGACAAAGGGAGUGGCUGGCAUCGGGAAAACAGUCUUAACACAGAAGUUCACUCUGGACUGGGCUGAAGACAAAGCCAACCAGGACAUACAGUUCCUGUUUCCAUUCACUUUCAGAGAGCUGAAUGUGCUGAAAGAGAAAAAGUACAGCUUGGUGGAACUUGUUCAUCACUUCUUUACUGAAACAAAAGAAGCAGGAAUCUGCAGGUUUGAAGAGUUCCAGGUUGUGUUCAUCUUUGACGGUCUGGAUGAGUGUCGACUUCCUCUGGACUUCCACAACACUGAGAUCCUGAAUGAUGUUACAGAGUCCACCUCAGUGGGUGUUCUGCUGACAAAUCUCAUCAGGGGGAAACUGCUUCCCUCUGCUCGCCUCUGGAUAACCACAAGACCUACAGCAGCCAAUCAGAUCCCUCCUCACUGUGUUGGCUUGAUGACAGAAGUGAGAGGGUUCACUGAUCCACAGAAGGAGGAGUACUUCAGGAAGAGGUUCACAGAUGAGCAGCAGGCCAGCCGAAUCAUCUCCCACAUCAAGACAUCACGAAGCCUCCGCAUCAUGUGCCACAUCCCAGUCUUCUGCUGGAUCACUUCUACAGUUCUGGAGAAAGUGUUGAAGACCAGAAAAACAGGAGAGCUGCCCAAGACCCUGACUGACUUGUACAUCCACUUCUUGGUGGUUCAGUCCAAACGGAAGAACAUCAAGUAUAAUGGAGGAGCUGAGACGGAUCCACACUGGAGUCCAGAGACAAGGAAGAUGAUUGAGUCUCUGGGAAAACUGGCUUUUGAGCAGCUGCAGAAAGGCAACCUGAUCUUCUAUGAAUCAGACCUGACAGAGUGUGGCAUCGAUGUCAGAGAAGCCUCAGUGUACUCAGGAGUGUUCACACUGGUCUUUAUAGAGGAGAGUGGACUGUACCAGGACAAGUUUUUCUGCUUCAUCCAUCUGAGUAUUCAGGAGUUUCUGGCUGCUCUUCAUGUCCAUCUGACAUUCAUCCGCUCUGGAGUCAAUCUGCUGGCAGAACAACAAACAACAACCCACAAAUAUAAAUUCUUCAGAGACAAACCUAAACAACAGUUCUACCAGAGUGCUGUGGACAAGGCCUUACAGAGUCCAAAUGGACACCUGGACAUGUUCCUACGCUUCCUCCUGGGACUUUCACUGCAGACCAAUCAGACUCUUCUACGAGGUCUGCUGACACAGACUGGAAGUGGCUCAAAAACCAAUCAGGUAUUGGUGGAGUACAUAAAGAAGAAGAUCAAAAAUACUCCCUCUGCAGAGAAAAGCAUCAAUCUGUUCCACUGUCUGAAUGAACUGAAUGAUCAUUCUCUAGUGGAGCAAAUCCAACAAUCCCUGAGAUCAGGAAGUCUCUCCACAGUUAAAUUGUCUCCUGCUCAGUGGUCAGCUCUGGUCUUCAUCUUACUGUCAUCAGAAAAAGAUCUGGACGUGUUUGACCUGAAGAAAUACUCUGCUUCAGAGGAGGCUCUUCUGAGGCUGCUGCCAGUGGUCAAAGCCUCCAACAAAGCUCUACUUAGUGGCUGUAACCUCUCAGAGAGAAGCUGUGAAGCUCUGUCCUCAGUUCUCAGCUCCCAGUCCUCUAGUCUGAGAGAGCUGGACCUGAGUAACAACAACCUGCAGGAUUCAGGAGUGAAGCUUCUGUCUGCUGGACUGGAGAGUCCACACUGUAUGCUGGAAACUGUCAGACUGAGUGUCUGUAACCUCUCAGAGAGAAGCUGUGAAGCUCUGUCCUCAGUUCUCAGCUCCCAGUCCUCUAGUCUGAGAGAGCUGGACCUGAGUAACAACAACCUGCAGGAUUCAGGAGUGAUGCUGCUCUCUACAAGACUGAAGAGUCCACAGUGUACACUGGAAACUGUCAGACUAAGUGGCUGUAACCUCUCAGAGAGAAGCUUUGAAGCUCUGUCUUCAGUUCUCAGUUCCCAGUCCUCUAGUCUGAGAGAGCUGGACCUGAGUAACAACAACCUGCACAAUUCAGGAGUGAGGCUUUUGUCUGCUGGACUGGAGAGUCCACAUUGUACAUUGGAAACUCUCAGUCUUAGUGGCUGUAACCUCUCAGAGAGAAGCUGUGAAGCUCUGUCCUCAGUUCUCAGUUCCCAGUCCUCUAGUCUGAGAAAGCUGGACCUGAGUAACAACAACCUGCAGGAUUCAGGACUGAAGCUUCUGUCUGCUGGACUGGAGAGUCCACAUUGUACACUGGAAACUCUCAGACUGAGUGGCUGUAACCUCUCAGAGAGAGGCUGUGAAGCUCUGUCCUCAGUUCUUAGCUCCCAGUCCUCUAGUCUGAGAGAGCUGGACCUGAGUAACAACAACCUGCAGGAUUCAGGAGUGAGGCUUCUGUUGUCUGGACUACAAUGUCUAUUCUGUACACUUGAAAGUCUCAGACUGAGUGUCUGUAACCUCUCAGAGAGAAGCUGUGAAGCUCUGUCCUCAGUUCUCAGUUCCCAGUCCUCUAGUCUGAGAGAGCUGGACCUGAGUAACAACAACCUGCAGGAUUCAGGAGUGAAGCUUCUGUCUGCUGGACUGGAGAGUUCACAUUGUACACUGGAAACUCUCAGGCUGUCAGGCUGUCUGAUCACAGAGGACGGCUGUGCUUCUCUGGCCUCAGCUAUGAGGUCCAACCCCUCCCAUCUGAGAGAGCUGGACCUGAGCUACAAUCAUCCAGGAGACUCAGGAGUGAAGAUGUUGUCUGAGGGAGUGCAGGAUCCACACUGGAGACUGGACACUCUCAGGGUGGAGCCUGCUGGAGUCCGAUGGUUGAGAGCAGGUCUGAGGAAGUAUUCCUGUGAACUCACAGUCGACACAAACACAGUGAACAGAAAACUCAAACUGUCUGACAACAACAGGAAGAUAACAUAUGUGGAGGAGGAUCAGCCAUAUCCUGAUCAUCCAGACAGAUUUGACUACUGGCCUCAGCUGCUGUGUAGAAAUGGUCUGACUGGUCUCUGUUACUGGGAGGUUGAAUGGGCAGGAGGAGUUUUUAUAUCAGUGACUUACAGAGUAAUCAGGCGGAGAGGAGACAGUGAAGACUCUUUGUUUGGAAGGAAUGAUCAUUCCUGGAGACUGAACUGCUCUGAUGGUCGUUUCUCUGUUUGUCAUAAUGACAGAAGACCCUCUUCCUCCUCCCCCUUCUCCUCCCCCUCCUCCUCCUCUGUCCCUAACAGAGUAGCAGUGUAUGUGGACUGUCCUGCUGGCACUUUGUCCUUUUACAGAGUCUCCUCUGACACACUGAUCCACCUCCACACCUUCAACACCACAUUCACUGAACCACUUUAUCCUGGGUUUGGCUUUGGAAUCUGUUCUUACUGGUCUGGUUCCUCUGUGUCUCUGUGUUCUCUGUAGGUGGAGGUCAGGUGCUUUUAAUUGAUGCAUCAAUGAACUUUGUACAAAGAAUUUCAAUUUCACUGGAAAUAUUCCUUGCUGACACUUUGUGUGUGUGUGUGUGUGGGUGGCUCUUGUUACGAUAAAAGCAAGAAAUAUUUGUAAUGCUUUAACAAGUAUGUUACAUUGCUCCACUGUGAUGAUCGUCUCUUUAUGUCUUUAGUGACAUAAUAAACAGGUGAAUGAGAAAA